AUGUCCAAACCAAUUCUAUCCCGUCGCAAACCAACCACUAAUGAAUCUUCCAUCCUAACAAAUCUCCCCGGCAUAACCGCCAAACAAACCGCAGACGUCGCCUGUCUUCUAUCAAAAGCCAAGAUCCCCCACAUCCUCUGGGGCUCGAUGGCGAUGCGAUUAAUGGGUGUUCUCAAUCCCACUCUGGAACUCGAAUUCGUCAUCGCCGACAAACACCUCCCUCAAGCCCACGACGCCCUCCUCGCAGCCGGCUAUCUCCCCUGCCAGGAUACUACCUGCAUCAUCCACACCCAACCACGCAACCACCCCACUCCCAACACCCAUGUGCACAUCCCCCAAAAAGACCCCCGAGAAAUAAUCGGCCUAUACAACAAAUCCGAAAUCCUCUGGCACCUCCCCAAACUCGACAUGACCAUCCCCGACUCCACAGACGAAGACUACAUGCUCGCAAGUAACACCGUGCGCCUCCCUCCCGCGCUCCUCCCGGGCGGAGGAAAAGGGCCAUUCCCCGCUGACUUGUUCCCAGUGAAGAUGCUGACGCCGUCGCAUUAUGUCGAUUGUUUGAUUAUCCUCGCGUGUCGGGACUACGGGCACUGUGCGCGGUUGUGGUGGUUGGUGAAUCUGCAGCAGAUGGUUUUUUAUCCGGAGGAUUUGGGUCUUAUUGAUGAGAGUGAGAUGCGGAGGAGGUAUUUGCCUUUUUGGAGGGCGUUUCAUGGUGGGAUGAGGCCGGAGGUUUAUGGGUUGUUGGGGGGUCUGCAGAAGUGUUUGAGGGAGAUGGGGGAGUUGCCGGUGUGUCCGUAUACGAAGAAUGGGAAGAGGGCAUAG